ACAGCAUGGAGAAGGAGAAGAAAGGGAAAACUCCUAAAAAGAAACGUGAUUCUUGUAGUUCUGAAUCAAGUUCAAUAUCAGGUUCUUCGCCAUAUCAGUCGGCGACCAGACAGUCGCCCAAACCGACGUCUCUGACGGGAAGUUCUAGGAAGAUUAAAGACCACUGCGCCGACUGGCAUAACUAUAUCAACAAAUGGCAGAUUUUAAACGAGCAAGGAUUUGGAAUCACAUCCAAAAUAUCUAACUGCAAACUACAAGCACAAUCUGGUGAAGCAGCAGAGACGGCAGUUAUCAGUGCAGACACUGACAAUGAUGGUACAUCAACCAAUAAAAUGCCACCAGAAAUGCAAGAACACUGCGAACAGCUGCAUUCAAUUUACAGUUCAAUGGCAAAAUUGGUAAAAAAAAUGGAAACUAUCUGUAAAAACUUCCGUGGAAUUUGUGACCUGGAGGGACAUAAAAAAGAUGGUGACUGGAGUGAAGAGCCGCUUUUCCAAAUGUGGUCAACCGAACAGUUCUAUGAAGCAUCCUGUACCAUGCUAUCAAUGUACAGUACAGAAUUGGAAGUAAAACACACAAUAUUAGAAGAGAUAGCUCAUUGUGAUGAAAGAGACUUGUUACUGUUUUACAACUCCACGUGGUUGCAUCAGCCGUACAUUGAGGAGAAAUCUAAGUUAUUACUAGAAAGUAUGUUAUUAGAAACAGGACAUAGGUGACAAUAAAUAAUUUGAUAUAAAUAUGUUGUCUGAUUUCCUUCCCGGCACGCUAUCCCAUCCUCUUAAUUAUGCAGUAAAAUCUGUGUAAAGCAACCACC